UACAUUUCAGCAUCUUGGGACAAAACCGUCAGAAUAUGGAACGCGUAUAAAAAGACUGGUCGUAAGAGAGCAAACGUAGAGUUCAGAGAAAACGACGAGGAGAGUGACAAUUAAGGCCUCUGUACCACAAAAACCAGCAUAUUAUAUUUUAAAAUCCUAAAUUGUACUUUUUUACUUUGUUAUAUUAGUUGUAAGAAAUGUAUAUUUUAGUAAAACGAAAGCGAUU